AUGGCACAAGCUAGACUUUCAUUUUCUCGUUUUCUUUUUUGGUACCACUAUCGUAUAGAUGUUGUUAUUUUGUCCGUACCAGAUCAACAGAUGACUGUUCCCGACGAAGAAUUACUUAUUUCACCGACUCCACAGACGAAUGGAGAGCGGAAAGCGUCUUCUCGACUCCCUGCACCACAACCUAUCCGUAUAGAAUGUCAAGCCGAGCAACGACAUUUUAUCCAUACAAUUCCAGUCAAAAUCAAUGGCCAAACAAAGCCAAUUCGUUUUACAGUCAAUGAUACAACCAAGCCAGGUCAAUUUCGCUCAGAAAUUAUCGUUCAUACCAAUCCGGAUACAGAUUUUUACAUAAAAAAGCUUCGCAUCGCUUACCAUUCUCGCGAUGAUCUGGCAGCAACACCUCCGAAAACGCCGCGAACGUCGUCACGUAGUCAUUCUGUUCAUGCGCCAUCGCACGAAAAGCAUCGUUCACAACCAUCCGGCAAGUCUCGAUCCGUAUCAUUUCCACGCUCAAAUUCGCAAUCUAUCUUACAUCAAUGGAUCGACGAUAUUUGUUCAGAUGAAAAACUCUUAUCUAAUGAUAAUAUUUGCUUUUUUCUGAAAAAUGGCGAAUUUCUCGCUCGAAUCUAA